AUGCCUAUCCGUCCCCUCGAUGAAUGGUUUUUGAGCCCGCACAGCAACCGAACCCAAAAACUACCCCUAUCCACCCUCAAGGACACUGUCCUCGGAAUCGAUGCCUCAUGGUACCUCCAACAGCACCUAAUCAACCCGGCGACCCGUGAGGCCCUCCUUGGCGCACUGGGCGGCUUCCCCUUCGCUUUGAAGAAAGCCAUUGAGAAGGAGCUGAGCACCUUUAAGAGCUUUGGUAUUUCUCUUGUAUUCGUCUUCAACGGUCUUCAAUUCGGCAAGCAAGAUCGCCAUAACAAACCCUUCCCUGUCUCGGCGCUCGCCUUUGAGCAAGCUUGGGAACUCUAUGAUGCACAGCAAGCUGACCAAGUUGUCGACGCUUUCUGCAACGCCGGUAUGGGCCCUCAUCUUUCUGUUCAUGCCUGCGAGGUCUGGUCCAAUACUCCCCCCGCCUUCAAUGAGUGGAAUUGGCCUUUUCGCGAGUACGAUGGCUCGACUGACGUAGUUUGCGACUCAGGGACCCCGCCACCCGAAACCCUCUACAAGUUUCUUCAACGGAUUUUGUUCCAGAAUGGUGUCCAAUUCAUGGUGGCACCAUACAGCGCGGCAGCUCAGCUUUCCUAUCUCGUCCGUGGAGACGAUCCCACUGUUGACGCUAUUUACGGCCCUUCCGAAACCCUCCUAUUCGAUGUCGAAAGACUGAUUAUCAAGACCGAACUUGAGCAUUCCCAGUUUACCUACCUGUCCAAACAGACCCUUCAAGAAGAGCUGGGUCGUCUGUCAAACAAUCAAUUCCUUGAAUUUUGCCUGCUGCUGGGAUCUCCGUUCUUGCGAUCCUUCCCGCUCUUUGAUAGCCCUCUUUACCCAGGAAAACUACCCAAUGUUCGUGAUGCACUCCCCAUGUUCAACUCAGCUGGCCGGAACGCAUUGAACUUGUUGACCCAGUAUGAUGAUGACCGUCGCGUGCAAGAGCUUCAAUACAUUGACCGCUACAAGCGUGCGUAUAUGGUUGUGAAGCAUCAUAUCUUCAUGGAUAUUCAGGGACGUGUUGGCCCUAUGGACCCGGAGAACAGUACUUCGGACAUGCACGAGCUCAUCGGUCUGCGGUUGCCCGAAGAGCUCUAUUACUACAUCUCCCGAGGUGUGCUAGGCACAGAUAUCCCUAACUUCCUGACAGCAGGCGAAGUACGCCUCUCGCUUCCCCUGGGUACAGAGGACACCGAGAUCUACCGUCACCUUGUCGUGAACACGCUGAACCCGAUUCGGAGACAAGCACUCUGUCUGCUAGCAAGCUCACUCCACCGUUUCUACAUGACCAAGCCUAUUGACAUUGUCCCCUGGUUUGUCGACAAGCCGAAAUCGAUUACUCUCAAAGGAUAUCCCUCCGUUCGACAGACUGUCGAAGCCUGGAGGAUUCCCACUGACAUGUACUCCGAGAAGGUCAAGAAUUUGCAAGCUCCCCGUGGUUCCUUCUUGUUCGCUGUCCAGAGCCUGGAAGAUGAAGGCUUUGCAUGGGAAUCCUUUGUUCACCCGAAUACACCGGUCCUGUCAGCACAAGAUGACAUUCUGGCUAACGUGAUGUGGCGAUUCCUGCAACUGCGUGGAUACGUCGAUGACAAGCAUUAUUUGACCGAGUGGGGCAAGUGCCUUGCGCAAGCCUUGUCGAACGUGGGCCCUGAGUUGGAAUCUUCGGUUUUCCUAGCCAUUGAGAUGAUCCGUUUUGAUCUGAUCAACACUAAGCCCUGGUUCUCACAUGUAUCCGGUGGCCCCAUGAGGGGUUCAGAUAAUGACAAGGCGUUCAACAACCUUGUUUCUCGUGUUGCGUGCAUUGGAAAGCUGCGCCAUAAGAACUUGGGAUACUCUGGCCCUCUGAGCCGGCAGCUUCUUAACUACCGCUCUUUGAUAUCUGAAGUGCGCACUGCUUUGAGAAGCUUGAUUGAGGUGGUUCUCACUAGCUUGAUGCUUUGCAACGACGUGGAACGGGACCGAGAGGACUGGUCUGAGUUGGCAGUCAAGCUGCCUUUUAUUGACGAUAAUGACUGCGGCCUCGGAAUUGCCGUUCAAACCUACCUCGAUGACCUCCCUUCGCAGGCCAACCCUACCUCGCCUGAGGCCCGCGAAGAGGCCAAAUCCAAGGGCAAAGAAUGGUUCCAGCAUAGCGAGAGCUUCUCUGACAACCUGGAUGUUGCCUUUAAGAUCUGGGACGCGGUUUACACGGGAACACAGAAUGCGCCUGAGUUCAAGGACUCCAAGCUGUGGAAUGAUGCCAACAAGUGGCUCUCCGAACGGCGUUAG